AUGGAUGGGGACCAGGGUAAUGACUCACUCGUGGCUGACAACAACAACUAUAUUGAUGAUGAAGGUAGUAGGUCCCCAUCCUCCAGCAUCGAAUGUGUGGGCAAAUGUCACCAUAGAGCAUCUGAUGGUGACGACAACAGCGAGCCAGUGCAGAAGGCUGUCAAGAUACAGGAAAGUAAGGGACAGCCGAAGGCUGCUGAUUAUGAACCAUCUGUUCGCACUAUCUUCGGCAUGGCAUGGGCACUCUAUUGUGGCCAUCUCUGCACAGAGGGUCCCAUGCCCAACCAUAUGCAGGAGGUGACAUGGGCCAAGUUAGCAUGGAAUGAAGCAUAUAAGAGGCUACAUACUCAAGUUGCUUAUGAUGCGGAGAAGAUUUUAAAAAUGAUCACUUUGCGAGGUUCCUACCUUCAUGGCAAAGUCAAGACUAAAGUCCGGCCAUAUGUUGCAGAUGAGUACGGGUUUGAGACGAGCACCAAGCAAUCUGUCAUCAAUCGCAACAUCAUGCUUGCACAGGAACUCAAGAAGGAUUUUGCCUUCACUCACUCCCCCAAUGGUAACAAAGGCUUAUACAGUGCCAAGAUUAUCCAGAAGGGUGUCAACACCAUAUGGUUCCGCAACAAGAAAGAUGAAGGUGUGCUAUAUCCUGAGUUCUACAAACCAUUCCCAGAGGUUGCCUUUGCAUUGCUUUUGACUGUGAUUGAAAGUUGCAUCGACGAGUGGAGCAGUGGAGCUCAAAUGAACAAGAUGUUCACUGUGGAUGAGUAUCAGGAUGUGCUCGACAAACAUCUCAACAACCUCAUGGACUUCAAUGAACACACCAAGGCUCAAGGCCUGCUACCCAAGCUGUUGUCAUGUCUGUAUGAUAAUGGCCGUGCAUUUGAGGCUGCAAUCGAGGAGUACAAUGAAUGCAGGGGUGUAUCAAGUGAUGAUGAGGAUGAUGAGUAG